CAUAGACAAAAAUUAAUGGCCUUGAAAUUUGAGAAAUUUCAAAAACAUCACAUUUUACUGCGCACCAAACUAGGAUUACUACUAAGUUAUGACUGAAAUUCCUUAUAGUAAACAAAUGCGCCCACCUGAUUUUGGGGAAUGAAUAUUGGAAUUUUUAUCAUAUUCGCAAUUGUUUCCUUCACAACUCUAAAAAUAAUAGAUGCUAUGUGGCAUGACAAUUCAUGGGAUUCUGCUUGGGAUACAUGGUGGCACUAUAAAGAAGGAGUGAUAGGUGGUCCGAGUCAUUGGGGGCAAACCGCUUUCAUGGCUAUUGCCAAUGAUGUUUGGCCUUCUUGCUACCAUGGAAAAAUGCAGUCACCAAUCAGUAUAUCUACAAAACACUUAGUAUUUGAUUCAAACUUAACGCCAUUAAAAAUGUCAGGUUCAGAUAAACAAAUUGAUGUAGAAAUCGUGAACACUGGCCAGGACUUACAAGUGAAAAUCCUUGAUUCAGAAACAUCGGUCGUAUUCAGUGAAGGACCACUGGUGUACGAUUACAAAUUUUUCGGUGCACUUAUAAAAUUUGGUUCAACAUCAGAACGUGGUUCAGACCAUCAAAUUGAUGGUGUCGCUUUUCCAGCUGAGUUGCAAUUAUAUGCAUUCAAUUUUGUAUUAUACCCAAAUUAUUCAGUUGCACUUUCAAAACCUAACGGUUUGGCUGUAAUCUCUGUAUUUUUCAAGAUUGGUGAUCAGUCAUCUGCUGACAUGGCAGCCUUGUUAUCUACAGCAGAGCAAGUUCAACUUAAAGGGCAAUUAAAAAGACUGAAUGGUUUAAUACUGGAUGCUAUUUUACCGUCUAUUCUUCAAUACAUGACAUAUCAGGGUUCUUUGCCCUUUCCUGCUUGCUAUGAAACAGUCACAUGGAUUAUACUGAACCAGCCGAUCAUAAUUACAGAAACACAGUUAAAAUCCCUUCGUAAGCUUCGAAUCGCUCCUUUUCAUGGAUCCGGAAGUAUGGCUGAUAACUAUAGAACUGUUCAGAAGCUCAAUAAUCGUUCUGUUCGAACUAACAUAGACUUUGAAAAAACAAAGCCAUAUUGUUCAGUUCAGUCUCAAAGGUCCUAUAUGGCUACGUCGUUACUCAAAUGAUUAAAUCAGCUAAUACUAUGGUUUUCGAUAGAAACGAUCAAGAUGCAUUCGAGCAUGACUUCAAGCAUUCCAGACUUCUUCACAAACAUUAUUAAGUAAUGUAUAGAAAAGAAUAACUACAUUCAUGUUAUAAACUCUUUAAUUUACGAAAAGUAGACAACUUCUAACAACUAAUUCUUCAAAAUCCCUGUGAUAUAUUUGAAGAUAUUUGGAAUUUUGUUGAACGUGAAUAUAAACAAAACAAAUGAAGAGAUUUUUUCCUUUGUUUUACAUUUCCAGAAUGCUACCUCAGCAAAGAUCUACAUUUAAAAGAGUAAUUUAUUCUCAGUAUAAGCAGCUGAGCAAGUCUAAUGCCUCUGUACUAUUAAGACAACUGUCUAUGACAAUGUUCACUUCUUAAGGCAUUUUGUUCUUAAAUCCUUGUACAUAAAUAAUUCUCUUUUUCUUUCCAAUGUAUAAUAACUGUGCAGUUAAAAAUAAAUUCAUA